UUGACGAAUGACUUCAUGCUUUUAGUAAAUAAAGUCCUUUAAAUUAAUAGAAAAUUGUUUUAUGUUAAAUUGUUGUUUGGGUCAGCAAAACUAAGAUUACCCGAUAGAUCGACGGUGUGAAGAUGGUGCCCGAUCAUGUCUAACAGCAGCGAUUCCGAAGAAUUCUAUGAUGCCGAGGAAAUUCCCCAAUAUCAGGGUGCAAGAAAAUCAAGAAAACAUUCUGAAGAAAGUCCUCCGAAAAGGUCAAACUCUGAACCUAAUGUUUUAUCACCUAAAAAUAUUGAUAUCAAGCAACAUAAUGCUCGCAGUUUUGAUGAAAACCCCGGAAAGAGCGCAAACCACGAGUCGGUUCUAGCGACCGGUAGAAAAAAAUUCAUUGAGUUAAGGCAGAAAUUACAAAAUGAAGAAGAAGAUGGAUGUGGCAAUGUCACACCACCAAAUAGCCAGUCGUCUUCAGUGGAAGGGGUGUUUGCCCCAACCAACAAGCCGUCUCAUCCUUUUAGGAUCAUUGAACAUGACACCAUUAGUUUGCAAAGUAUUAAUUCUUUGGGUAGGCUUAUGAGAGUAAUAAAUAACAACUCCGAAGCAACAAGGAAAACGUUGUCUGUUUCUGCUCUGUCUUCAAGCUCAUUAGAUUCAGAAUCUACCCAAAGCUCAAAAAAGUAUCCCAGUACCCUGACCCUGCCCAUGACAGUUCUUACAACACAAUCAAUCAAUAACAAUAACCCGGUAAAGCCAACAACCUCUUUGCAAGAGCCUGAUGUUAUAGCCAGCACCAAAGCUUCCAAUUCUUUACCCAAGUGGCCCCCAGAUGCGCCUCUGCCGCCUCCUAGGCGCAAGAAAAAGGGUAGAAAUGCUAGUUCCCUGCUUGGGUUGACUAAAUCUGCUUCUAGCGCGACCUUUAAAUCUAGCGAUUUAGUCAGUCCGGCCAGCACUAUUGAAUACUUGACCAGGGAGUUUGAACACUCUCUGGAUUGUUUACCUUCUGUCUCCAACCAAAGUGAUAAAAAUGUCCCGUCGGACGAGUCUAAAAGCUCCACCCUUCGCUCUGGAAAAUCUUUAGAGAUUUCACAGGCGCUUAAAGGUCAGUUUGUGGUGAAGCCCCAGGACAAUGAUAGUUUGAAGGCCCAAAGGUUGGGCGGAGGUUCUCUCAAAGACAUCUCUGAGGAGAACAAGGACAGUGUGUCGGAAAAGACCGAUGCUCCUCGUGUGAGCAGUCCCAGGCGGAUAUCUAACAGAAGCAGCCUCGGCCAUUACAGCCUCGGCCCUCACAGGGGUACUCAUCAGAUGACCAGCAAGCACAGUUCGCGGGACCGCAGGAAAUCUGCGGGCGAUGAGAACUUGUUACGCGAUGUCAACAUGAAAGUGCGCACGCAUACUGACUCCGGAAAGCAGCUGUCCGAUCUUGAAAUCCUAGAACAGGUGACCGUACUUAAUUUGGACACCGGUGAACGGAUACCGUUAAGCGUCGCAGAAGACAAGCUCCCGCAGUGCAUUAACCCUCUGUCCCUGCACAUAAUGAGGCUCACUUCCGAGUACGUCAGUUCCUCCAGCAUGGAAAAAGACAAGGAGUCGGACGAGGAAAGCGUGGACAUCAAAAAGUCGGACAUACCGAUUGUCGACGACAGCGAGCCGGGCGGCAUGCGGAAGAAAACGGCCAAACUGAAGAGGUUCCUGGGGUCGACGGUGAAGAAAACGAUGCACAAAGCCAAGAGCAUAGCGCAAGAGGUUUCGCACGCUCGCCAUAAAGAAGACGUCAUCGAUAUCGUUGACAACGUCCAUCCCGGCGAGCAGAAUUGCAAAUUGAAGGCUUCAAACUCGCACAAGGGUCCGUAUGAGUUCGAAAAGAUCGAGCACGUGCAAGAGUUAAAAGACGACCAGCACGACGGACCCAUCUGGUGCAUGAAAUUUUCGAUGUGUGGCAGAUUGUUGGCGACAGCUGGACAAGACAAGAUACUGAGGAUCUGGGUGGUGAGGGACGCCUAUCCCUUUUUCCAGGACAUGCGCACCAAGUACAACGCGGAAAAGGUGUCGCCCACGCCGUCCCAAGAGUCCCUCGUUUCUCACCACUCAACGGAUACCACGAAUUUGGCCGCGUUCGAAGCCCUGAGCGCCGAAGAAGCCAGCAGGCUGACGUUUAUGCCGAAACCGUUCUGCACGUACUCGGGACAUACUUCCGACCUCUUGGACGUGUCCUGGUCCAAAAAUUACUUCAUAUUAUCUUCGUCGAUGGACAAAACCGUAAGGUUAUGGCACAUAUCGCGGAAGGAGUGCCUCUGUUGUUUCCAGCACAUCGAUUUCGUGACCGCCAUCGUGUUCCACCCGCGCGACGACCGUUACUUUUUGAGCGGGUCUCUCGACGGUAAAUUAAGAUUGUGGAACAUACCCGACAAGAAGGUCGCGGUUUGGAACGAGGUAGAGGGUAAUCCGAAGCUCAUUACCGCGGCGAAUUUUUGCCAGAACGGCAAGUUCGCAGUAGUCGGCACUUACGACGGACGGUGCAUCUUCUACAGUACCGACCAGCUGAAGUAUCACACGCAGAUCCACGUGCGAUCGUCAAGGGGGCGGAACGCGGUAGGCAGAAAGGUGAGCGGGAUCGAGCCGAUGCCCGGCGAAGAUAAAAUUCUGGUGACGUCGAACGACAGCCGGAUAAGGAUCUACGACCUAAGGGACCUCAACGUCUCUUGCAAGUACAAAGGGAAAGGAUAUGUCAACACGAGCAGCCAAAUCAAAGCCAGUUUCAGCCACGACGGAAAGUACAUCGUCAGCGGAUCGGAGAACCGAGACAUCUACGUCUGGAAGACCCAUCACGACUACUCGAAAUUUUCGUCGGUCCGAAGAGACAGGAACGAUUUUUGGGAAGCAAUCAAGGCGCACAACGCAGUCGUGACGUGCGCCAUUUUCGCACCCAAUCCCGAAGCCAUAAUCAAAAUGAUCGAAGAGAAUCAAAAACGAUACAUGGAGGGUAGCCAGGAUCAUUCGGAUAGGGUUGAAGACCCGGUGGUAGAGCAGCAUACCAAGGGGUGUGCCGGUUACGUGUUGGUUUCGGCCGAUUUUAACGGGUGCGUCAAAGUGUUUAUCAACAAAACCAAGCCCAAGCACAGUUCUCUGCCUGUGUCGGCGAUGGCUUAAGGGCGGUGGCGGGGCCAAACCUGGUAGUCGGCGUUUUACCAUUUACUAACCAAGCGGCAACGUGGAAACAUAGCUGAUAUUUUAUGUAGUUCGAAGGGAAUUCGCCGGAUCUUCGUAGCUUUAGGCGCACGAAGCGCCCCCCUAUAUUAAACAUAAGCGUAUUAACUUGUGAUCAAAAGAGUAGAUGUAGAAAGAGAAUGGGUAACUUUACUAAGGUUUAAUGAAUAUAUGUGUAUUAGGUUUCGCGAGUGUUAACUUUAUUGAGUUACGAGGCCCACAAAAGUUAUAUUUAACGAUGUUACAAGAAAAUAAAGAGUUUAAAACUGGCAGGUGUUUAUUCACACAA